CCACUCUGACGCGGAACCGCACCAAUUGCGAGCGUCCAUCGCGCUGAGGCGCAUGCGCAGCGGCUCAGUGCCAGCCGCCCAGGGUAUCGAUCCGAGACUUGAAAAAACGGAUGUGCUUCAGAAAAAGAAACGAGUGAUACGCCGAAUUUUAAUGAAAAAUCCAUAUCUCACAAUUCAGGUGCUCAGCCAGAGUAGAGGAAGAGAAGGACAAUAUUAUUUUGAAGAUACGUUGUCACAUGCAUGAGCUGAUACAGUGUACGAGACCUGUGAAGAGUGAGAAGAAACAUCCGAUGUCGCAAAAUGAGAACUUCACCACAACACAAUCUGCUGGCAGUCAUAGAUCAAACGCAUGCUGUCUCUGUUGGUGCUGUUGCUGCAGCUAUUCAUGGAGAGAAGAUGAUGAUCGAAACCGAAGGCCAUCUCACAAUAUUCCAAUGGAGAACAUGGAGAACUGUGAACCAAGUGCAAAUCCAACUGCAGAAGAGGUGCACUUAUGGGCUCAAUCCUUUGACAAGCUACUGAAAACUCCUGCAGGCAGAAAUACCUUCAGAGAAUUCUUAAGAACUGAAUACAGUGAAGAAAAUAUGCUCUUUUGGCUAGCAUGUGAGGAUCUCAAAAAUGAAGCAAAUAGAAGUGCUAUUGAGGACAAAGCACGAAUUAUCUAUGAAGACUUUAUUUCAAUACUUUCUCCUAAAGAGGUUAGCCUUGAUUCACGAGUGCGUGAAGUCAUCAACACGAAGAUGGCUGAACCGUCAAAUCAGAUAUUUGAUGAUGCACAACUGCAAAUUUAUACCUUAAUGCAUAGAGACUCGUAUCCACGGUUCCUGAACUCUUCUAUAUACAAGUCUCUGCUUCAACGGUCAUCCAGCACAUCUUCAGAAUCCUAAAUAUUCAACUACACAUUACAGAAAAAGUUCAUUUUUAAAAAAUAAACAGGUACAAGGUCAUCAUCAAGAGAAAGAAAAUAUGAAACUCAGGUUUAUUUUACUACUGAUUUCCUGUUGCCUAAAAAAUGCAAGACGCACUAAAGAACUGCAAGACUCUAGUGAUGGCUUAAAUAAUAUUGAUUUUGGUCUUUUUUUAUUAUUUACAAGCAUUAGUGAAUAAACCCUAGUGGAAAAGGACAGUUUUGUAUUCAUCUUAGAGUCAGAUAUCAUCUACACAAUCAUUAUAUCUGAAAACAUUGCACCAUUAUAGUAAUUUCAGAACAGCUUUAAGCUUAUUUACAUGAGAAAGAAAAGUGGUUUUAUUUGAAAGGGAUAUAAUCUCAGCCUUUAUAUUGGAACAUAACUAUUAAAAAUACAAAAGAGAAUAUUUAAAAUUGUAAGUAGCUCAUACCUACCGUUGUGAAACAUCAUUGUUGCUGCUAAUGAUUCCAUCAAUUGCUAAUCAAGGAUCAUCCCAUCCCAAAUUUAUAUGGUCAAAAACUGUUAUUUUACCUCAUUUUGUAUCCACAAACAUUUAACUCAAAAUUUCCUUUGGUACAAUGGUUACAAAAUAAUUUCUGAAGAUUGCAGACAGUAUGAUAGCCAGGUAAGUGUGAGAUCUUGUCAAUAGGGAACCAAGGUGUUCUUGAGGGCUACAUUGUCAAAUGGACUCCAGAGCUAGUGUACAAGAUACGUUAAAUUUCACCCCUUUGGUUAUCUUCAUGGUUGACAAUUUAUUGUGCUGCAUCUCCUAAUUAGGCUGUAUUGGCAACUUCAAAGAAGAAACUACUGAUAAGUUAGCUAGCUGUCUUUUACAGCUGAAGAUAGUUUAUAUUUGUGCAAUUUUCUUCUUGGACACAGGUAGUCAACAAAAGGGCUUUAAAUUUAUGAAGGCUUACCUACAAGAUGAAAAAAAUAAUUAGAAAUCAGAAAUUUCCUCACUAUAAUUUUUGAAAUUGAUUGAAAAUGUUUUACAAGCACAGUUAAGAAAAUUUGUUAAAAUUUAAAUAAAUAACAUUGCUAAUCUGA